CUGGGCGGGACCGGAAGGGGAUUUAGCCUCGGGUGCCCGGGUACGGGGCUGGAAGUCGGUUCUGUGGAAUGUGGAAGGCUGGCAGCAUGUCGGCGGAGCUGGGAAUCGGUUUCGCUCUGCGGGCAGUGAAUGAGCGCGUGCAGCAGGCGGUGGCGCGGAGGCCGCGGGAACUCCCCGCCAUCCAGCCCCGGCUCGUAGCAGUCAGCAAGACCAAGCCUGCAGACAUGGUGAUCGAGGCCUACAAUCACGGCCAGCGCAUUUUUGGGGAGAACUACGUUCAAGAACUGCUCGAAAAAGCCUCAAACCCUAAAAUUCUGUCUUCGUGUCCUGAGAUCAAAUGGCACUUCAUUGGCCAUCUCCAGAAACAAAAUGUCAACAAAUUGAUGGCUGUCCCCAAUCUUUUCAUGCUGGAAACGGUGGAUUCUAUGAAGCUGGCUGACAAGGUGAACAGUUCGUGGCAGAAAAAAGGUUCUCCUGAAAGGUUAAAGGUCAUGGUCCAGGUUAACACCAGUGGAGAGGAAAGCAAACAUGGCCUGCUCCCUUCAGAGACAGUGGCCAUGGUAGAACACGUGAAAGCCAAGUGCCCCAGCCUGGAGUUCGUGGGGCUGAUGACCAUCGGAAGCUUUGGGCAUGAUCUUAGUCAAGGACCAAAUCCAGACUUCCAGGUGUUAGUGUCCCUCCGGGAGGAGCUGUGUCAGAAGCUGCACAUCCCUGUUGACCAGGUGGAGCUGAGCAUGGGCAUGUCCGUGGACUUCCAGCACGCAAUUGAAGUAGGAUCUACGAAUGUCCGAAUUGGAAGCACUAUUUUUGGAGAGCGUGAUUACUCCAAGAAAGCUGCCCUGGACAAGCCCACAGCGGAGCUGAAGGCCCCGGUAGAAAUGGCCCAGGCACACUGAAAAGCGGUCCAGCCCAAGAGCUGGUCCACGAACACUAAGUAUGCAGGCACCUGGGCUCUCACCUCUGCAUCCACGUUACUGCACAACCACGCCCUACGCGUGUGACCUGGAGUGAGCUCACCGAGGAUCAUGUGCAUGGAUGAAAACCACCUUUUCGUGUCUGACCCAGGAAGCUCACUUCAAGUAGUGGCUUUGGACUAGAUUUGAGAAGUCCAGACAUUUCUGCAGAACAAGCACCUAGUUAACAGCCAGGAGUUGCGCUCAGGCUUGAACUUCACCCAGGACCACAAACCAAGGCAUGAAUGCCUUUCCCAGGUUGAAACUGGGUGAGAGAGUUCCCUUGUGGCACAGUGGGUUAAGGAUCCAGUGUCACUGCAGUGGAUCAGUUUGCUGCUGUGGCAAAGGUUUGAUCCCUAGCCCCAGGAACUCCACGUGCCAUGGGCAUGGCCAAAACAAAACAAAACUCGGUGACUGCCCAUAAUCACCAGAAUCAGAAGGAAUUCCCACUGUCAUCCAUUUUAAUAGAAAGUCCUGUUUCCAACUCCACACACACCCCAACGAUUAGUCAUCUCUGCUGUUCUGGGGGCACGGUGGCUUCUGCCCCCAGUUUCCAUCCCACCCAGUAAACAUUGGUCUCUGCUCUGGAAUAAGCAGUCCUGCUCACUUCAGGCUCAAGUUAAUCUUCCAAACCCACAUUGUGGCUGAUGAGAGUUGUGUCAUUGGCCACCCUGUGGUGUUGACCCUGAAAAUUACCAGGCAACCUACAGAAGCGGGCCUUGGGCCUUUCUGACAUCCUCCUCAAGAGGUGGUACUCCCCCCGCCACCACCCCAGGCCCUGCACUGAUGGAAAUCCAAUGAGAGGAUGGAUUUCUCUGCCACCAUGGUCCUCAUUGUGGUGACUGCUCAUCAAAGACCAGUGAAUCUCUUAGUUCCCAGAAACGAGAGUCCUUCCAAGACAUUGAAGGCUCAUAGUUUCAACAGCGGCCUGGCUCUGAGCUUCCUGUUCCGAGGGAGUAAGUACUUUUUAGGCUCAUUUGUAGCCUCCCCUCCUGAUGACCGUAUUUUUAAGCCAGGAUUUUGCAGCCCUUGAUUGUUAAUAGAGUAGCAAGCUCUUCGAAAACCAGAAAGCACAGUUCUCAGAGUCACGACCGAUGACUGUAGUCUGGGUCAUUGUUUUCUAAAUGGGUUUUUCUUAUUUAUCCAAGCCCCAGUCUUUAAUUUUAUGAAACAACUUCCAGAACACAAUGCUGCUGCCAAAUGUAAUUUUAUAAAACCUAAAACCAUUACGAUUCCUGUGCUGUUUGAAUCAAAUAUAGAGUGUGGUAUUUCAGAAUCUCUUAAAUAAAAAUGUGAGUUUGAAUUAUGCCAUCUGUGCCAAUUACAAAGCAAUUAAAAAGUUUAUUUUCUA